CCAUGUGGUCCCAAGCCAGCACUCUGCCCAUACUGCUCGCCUGCUGCCUUUGGUCAACCGAGGCUCAGAGCAACGGCAGCAGGAGACAAAGCAUCUGGGAUGAUCCUAUUAAAUUCAAGACCAAGGAAAAUGACUUGUGCACCAUGAUUGUCACCGGUCAAGGGGAAUACACCAGGCUGAGGCUGUCAUGCCAGGGCAGCAAGCGCUCAUACUGGUGUGAAUACGUGGGAAAGCCUUACACCUGCCGCUCCUACAACAAAAACCCUCGUCAUUACUUCCUCCAGAUGAUGUGGGGCCUUAGGAAGAUCAACAAUGCCUGUCAGGCGCCAAGGCAGCUCAAAUCUCACAUGUGCAGGAAUGGACCUGAUGACUCUCAUAUGGUCUUUUCAUCUGGUUCCUUCUCGCGCCCACGGCCAGAUGCAAGACCAAGACCUCAACCUCGCCCUACACCUACAAGGCAAGCUUUGACAAAAAACACCCAAGUCCCACCAAGGGCAAAGACCACACAGGGAACCAGCGCACAACCAACGACACCUCCUGUGGAGAGCAAUCCUAGGAGGAUUGCUCGGCAAUACUGCUGGAGGUCACUCCAAGGCAUCUGCUCCUAUGUCAUUGGUUUGUUUCGGAAUUAAUUAGGAAGAUUUAAAGUUCGGAUGAAGAUAACUUCUGUUGUCUGAUUAAAGUGGCCUUGGAGGAAAAAUCCAGACCCGAAAUUUACUUGUCUGAGAUUGAAGAACUGUGGUGCUCUCUUCAGGGGAAGGGAUGGUACUACUGUGACGUCCAAAGCAGGAUUUCUCAGUGAACCUUGCAUACAUCAUCUUCCACCACUUAAACACAUGUUUGGCAAAACAGUUCACACAGUAUGAAAAGGUUCAAGUACUUUAACUCGUCAAUAGGUUUCUGCAGCUACAUAAAUCAUGAGAACAACAUCUGGACCCUGGACAUGAGACUUAUUAUUGUCACUUAUUUGUAUUUAUGUUUGUUUAUUUGCUUAAUCUACUUGCAUCAAUUAAUAUUACCUUGAAUAUUACAA